AUGACGACAACACCUGCUUCAGAUGUUACUAUUGCCAAUUUUGGUCCACUUACGACCACGUUCUCUCCACCCUCGUGGUGUGCCACCGCGAACUGGGUCAGUUACAACACAGACAACGCCCUUUUGGCAUGGGGGGCUGUCUGUGUCACCCGGGGCGUUCCAACUGGCGCAACCUCCGCGAAGGUAUGGAACUGGGCCUCGACUUGCUACCCCGAGGGUAUCAAAGGUGUGUUUACUGGCGAGGGAGUAAAUAAUGUCUUCACUCCCGGUAAUGCCUGCCCAUCUGGAUGGACCGCAAAUUAUACCACAAGCGCCGGCCAGAGGGGCCUAUCACCAUCAUACAAUAUUGGACUAAUGGGAGCGACCGUGGGCGAUAGUCAGGUUGCCACAAUAUGUUGUCCAUCUGGAUAUCGGUAUGGGGGCAAAGGAUGUAUUAGCACUGCGACAUCAGUCAGCGCACGACGGCUGUACACGACUUCAGAUGGAAGAUGCUCGUGGUCUACCGUGUCUGACUUCACCGGCUCUAUUGAGACCAGCAACACAAAGCGAAAUGGAGUGUCCAAGGAAACGGCGACUUUUACAGCAUAUCCCAUUUGCUUGGUUAAUGGCGGCGAAAACACAGGGUUACCAACUGGAGCCAAAAUUGGGAUCGGAGUGGGUGUGCCCCUCGGCGUCCUCCUUAUUGCCGGGGUGACGUUUAUUUGGUGGUACCGACGCAACAAGUCAAGGAAAGCUGCGGCUGCAGCUGCACGUGAAGCACCCAGUUUGUCCGAAGACGCGUCUAAGAAGAGCUCCGUAGUUCCAGUUGGUGUUGUAAAACCCGAACUUGAUAAUGGCGACCCCAUGUACCAGAAAGCGGAGCUCGAUACUGGCGCAGUGAUUGUGUCCGGCCCGUCGAAGGGGCCAGUCGAAAUGCCCAAUGAACAGAUUCCAUCUGCACCGGCUGAGCUCCAGGCUGUACAAAGCUCGAAUACACCCCAAGCUGAGUUGCCUGGAGAUUUUGAAUAUACCGCUGCCAAGAACGAUGGGGGCCAAGACGCAAAUGUGGCCAGUUUGUCCACUUCUGUCCCGACCAUUGUCGUAGAUCCGUCUUCGCCUCUUUCACCGGAACAAGGGACGAAGUAA